AUGAAAAGAAAAGAAAGAAUCGCCAGGCGCUUAGAAGGAAUUGAAACGGACACCCAGCCCAUUCUCUUGCAGAGUUGCACAGGGUUAGUUACUCACCGGCUACUAGAAGAAGACACGCCCAGAUACAUGCGAGCCACAGACCCAGCCAGCCCCCACACCGGCCGAUCAAAUGAAGAGGAAGAAACUUCUGAUUCUUCUUUAGAAAAGCAGACUCAACCUAAACACUGCACAGAAACCUCAGGUGUCCGUGGUGACUCAUCCUAUAGUUCAGGUAUGGACACCCAGAGCCUUGAGUCCAAAGCUGAAAGGAUUGCAAGAUACAAAGCGGAAAGGAGACGGCAACUGGCAGAAAAAUAUGGGCUAGCUCUGGAUUCUGAAGCAGACUCCGAAUCUUUGUCUCGAUAUACCAAGUCCAGGAGGGAGCCAAAUGCUGUUGAGAAAAGAGGAGGAAAAAGUGACAGGCCGGCUGAGUCAAGCAAAGAUUUUGGUUCUCUGUACUCCAGCACUGAGAUCCCAAGGCUCAAAACCUGCAUGGCUGAAUCCCAGGACUAUGCCCUCCAUGCCAGGGAUGGGGUUUCCAACACAGAGGUGCUGCUAAACAUGGAAAACCAAAGAAGAGGUCAAGAGCUGAAUGCUUCUGGGCAGCAGGCCCUGGACCUGCCUCCCACAGUUGAGAGUUCCUCAUCCUUCCAGUUUUGCGGGCAAGACUGCUCCUUCAGUGAUGUGCCAAAGUCCCCAAAGCAAAUGCACAGCAUGCCCCUCUCUUCACCUGGGCAGCCAGCCUCCCCAAGCCACUCUGUUGACUCGCCACUCCCUACUGAAGCUCGAUCAAGGUCUACUUCAAAUUCAGAAAUGCCAACUGCUGAGGAUGAAGAAAAGGUAGAUGAGCGAGCCAAACUGAGCGUUGCUGCCAAGAGGCUGCUUUUCCGGGAAAUGGAAAGGUCAUUUGAUGAGAAACCUGUUCCAAAGCGAUGUUCGAGAAACGCGGCCGUGGAGCAGAGGCUGCGGCGUCUGCAGGACAGAUCCCACACCCAGCCCGUGACCACCGAGGAGGUGGUCAUUGCAGCCACAUUACAGGCAUCUGCUCACCAAAAGGCUCUAGCCAGAGACCAGGCAAAUGAGGGCAAAGAUUCUGCUGAACAAGGUGAACCUGAUUCCUCCACUUUAAGCUUGGCAGAGAAGUUGGCCUUGUUUAACAAAUUGUCCCAGCCUGUCUCAAAGGCUAUUUCUACCCGAAACAGAAUAGACACAAGGCAGAGGAGAAUGAAUGCUCGCUAUCAAACUCAGCCGGUAACGCUUGGAGAGGUGGAACAGGUACAAAGUGGAAAGCUCAUUCCUUUCUCGCCCACUGUUAAUACAUCUGUGUCCACCAUGGCAUCUACAGUCACUCCUAUGUACGCAGGAGACCUUCGGACAAAGCCAUCCAUGGAUGACAACACAAGUGUCACUGUCUAUAAGUUUCCUUCUUCAAUAGAAAAUGUAGAUUCUUCGAUUAGUAACACUCUAAAGCCCCAAUUCUGUCAGCCUUCAAUAGAGGGCAGUGAGAGCAAAGGUAUGUUUAGAGAGUAUGGAGAGACGGAAAGCAAGAGAAUCUUGACAGGUAGAGAUGGUGGUGUUAAAAACAGAUCCUUUGAGGAAGAAGAGCCAUCCUACUCUAUCCUCAACCCCGUCCAGAAAGGAGACAACCAUAAAGAACCUAAAUAUGAUGUUCCGAGAAAAGGAAGCCUAGAGCUACCAAAUGCCCCUGUCUCCCACCCUGGUGACGAGGAGUUUUCCACUGCCAAGAGCACCAUUCAGGGGAGCCCAGACUUGAAGGGUAGGCAGCCCUUUGAAGAGAAGGUGGAUGUGGAGAGUGUCACAAAGAGAAAGUUUUCGCUGAGAGGGGCAGAGUUCGGGGAACCCACUUCUGAGCAGAGCAGCACAGUUGCUGGGAACAGUGUUGUUCAAGCUGCAGCCCCAGUGUCCUGGAAGCAGCAAGAGCCUACAGAGCUGCCACAGGAGAAGCACUAUAAGAAUCCAUGUGCGAUGUUUGCUGCUGGAGAGAUCAGAAUGCCAACAGUGGAGGGCAGCCUUGAUUCACCCAGCAAAACCAUGUCAAUUAAAGAAAGAUUAGCACUGCUGAAGAAGAGUGGGGAGGAAGAUUGGAAAAACAGACUUACCAGAAAGCAGGAGUACAGCAAAGCGACUGUUGCAAGUAGCCUGCACAUACAAGAAGUGGAACAGUCACUCAAGAAGAAGGUCACAGAAAGUCGAGAGAGCCAAAUGACUAUUGAAGAGAGGAAGCACCUCAUUACUGUGAGAGAGGAAGCCUGGAAGACAAAAGGCAAAGGGGCAGCUAACGACUCCACCCAGUUUACCGUGGCCGGGAGAAUGGUGAAGAAAGGUUUGGCAUCACCCACUGCCAUCACACCAGUAGCGUCCCCUAUUAGCAGUAAAACAAGGGGCACAACACCCAUUUCCAAACCCCUGGAAGAUAUUGAAGCCAGACCAGACAUGCAGUUAGAAUCGGACCUGAAGUUGGACAGGCUGGAAAGCUUUCUGAAAAGGCUGAAUAACAAAGUUGGUGGGAUGCAAGAAACUGUACUCACCGUCACGGGCAAAUCUGUUAAGGAGGUGAUGAAGUUGGAUGAUGACGAAACCUUUGCCAAAUUUUACCGCAGCAUGGAUGAUACCAUGCCAAGGAGCCCUGUAGAGCUGGAAGAAGACUUUGAUGUUAUUUUCGACCCUUAUGUCCCCAAGUUGACGUCUGCCGUGGCCGAGCACAAGCGUGCAGUUAGACCCAAGCGCCGGGUUCAGGCUUCCAAAAACCCGCUGAAAAUGCUGGCAGCAAGAGAAGACCUCCUUCAGGAAUAUACUGAGCAGAGACUAAAUGUUGCCUUUAUGGAGUCAAAACGGAUGAAAGUAGAAAAGAUGUCCUCCAACUCCAACUUCUCAGAAGUCACCCUGGCAGGUUUAGCCAGUAAAGAAAACUUCAGCAGCAUCAGUCUGCGAAGCGUCAACCUGACAGAACAGAAUUCUAACAACAGUGCAGUGCCCUUCAAGAAGCUGAUGCUGUUGCAGAUCAAAGGAAGAAGACAUGUGCAGACAAGACUGGUGGAACCCCGAGCUUCAUCACUCAACAGCGGGGACUGCUUUCUCCUGCUCUCUCCCCACUACUGCUUCCUGUGGGUAGGAGAGUUUGCAAAUGUCAUAGAAAAGGCGAAGGCCUCAGAACUUGCAACUUUAAUUCAGACAAAGAGGGAACUUGGUUGUAGAGCUACUUAUAUCCAAACUAUUGAAGAAGGAAUUAAUACACACACUCAUGCAGCCAAAGAUUUCUGGAAGCUUCUGGGUGGCCAAACCAGUUACCAAUCUGCUGGAGACCCAAAGGAAGACGAACUGUAUGAAACAGCCAUAAUAGAAACAAACUGCACUUACCGUCUGGUGGAUGACAAGCUUGUUCCUGAUGAUGACUUCUGGGGGAAAAUCCCAAAGUGCUCCCUUCUGCAGUCAAAAGAGGUACUGGUGUUUGAUUUUGGUAGUGAAGUUUACGUGUGGCAUGGAAAAGAAGUUACAUUGGCACAACGGAAAAUAGCAUUUCAGCUGGCAAAGCACUUAUGGAAUGGAACCUUUGAUUAUGAGAACUGUGACAUUAACCCACUGGAUCCCGGAGAAUGCAAUCCACUUAUUCCCAGAAAAGGACAAGGGCGGCCUGAUUGGGCAAUAUUUGGGAGACUUACAGAACACAAUGAGACUAUUUUGUUCAAAGAGAAAUUUCUCGAUUGGACCGAAUUGAAGAGACCGAAUGAGAAGAACGCCAGUGAACUGGCUCAGCAGAAGGAAGAUCCAAGGGCUGACGUCAAGCCAUACGAUGUGACCCGGAUGGUGCCAGUGCCCCAGACGACAGCUGGCACUGUGCUGGACGGGGUGAACGUGGGCCGUGGCUAUGGCCUAGUGGAAGGGGAUGACCGCAGGCACUUUGAGAUUGCUAGUGUCUCGGUGGAUGUCUGGCAUAUCCUCGAGUUCGACUACAGCAGGCUCCCCAAACAGAGCAUUGGGCAGUUCCACGAAGGGGACGCCUAUGUGGUCAAGUGGAAGUAUAUGGUGAGCACUGCAGUGGGGAGCCGGCAGAAGGCAGAGCACUCCGUAAGGGUGGCUGGCAAAGAGAAGUGUGUCUACUUCUUCUGGCAAGGCCGGCAGUCCACCGUGAGUGAGAAGGGCACGUCAGCUCUGAUGACAGUGGAGCUGGAUGAAGAAAGGGGAGCCCAGGUCCAGGUUCUUCAGGGAAAGGAGCCCCCCUGCUUCCUGCAGUGUUUCCAAGGGGGGAUGGUGGUGCACUCCGGAAGAAGGGAAGAGGAGGAAGAAAAUGCACAAAGUGAGUGGAGGCUGUACUGUGUGCGAGGAGAAGUGCCCAUGGAAGGAAAUUUGCUGGAAGUGGCCUGUCACUGUAGUAGCUUGAGGUCCAGGACAUCCAUGGUUGUUCUCAACGUCACUAAAGCCCUCAUUUACCUGUGGCAUGGAUGCAAAGCCCAAGCCCACACGAAGGAUGUUGGAAGGACUGCAGCAAACAAAAUCAAAGAACAAUGCCCCCUGGAAGCCGGGCUGCAUAGUAGCAGCAAAGUGACCAUACACGAGUGUGAGGAAGGCUCCGAGCCUCUGGGAUUCUGGGACGCGUUAGGAAGGAGAGAUCGGAAAGCCUACGACUGCAUGCUUCAAGAUCCUGGAAAUUUCAACUUCACACCCCGCCUGUUCAUCCUCAGCAGUUCCUCUGGGGAUUUCUUAGCCACGGAAUUCAUGUAUCCUGCCCGAGCCCCCUCUGUGGUCAAUUCCAUGCCCUUCCUGCAGGAAGAUCUGUAUAGUGCACCGCAGCCAGCGCUUUUCCUUGUGGACAAUCACCAUGAGGUGUACCUCUGGCAAGGCUGGUGGCCCAUCGAGAACAAGAUCACCGGUUCCGCCCGCAUUCGCUGGGCCUCCGAUCGCAAGAGCGCCAUGGAGACUGUGCUCCAGUACUGCAGAGGAAAAAAUAUCAAGAAGCCACCGCCCAAGUCCUAUCUGAUCCACGCGGGUCUGGAGCCCCUGACAUUCACUAACAUGUUUCCCAGUUGGGAGCACAGAGAGGACAUUGCUGAGAUCACAGAAAUGGAUACGGAAGUUUCCAAUCAGAUCACCCUUGUGGAAGACGUGUUAGCCAAGCUCUGUAAAACCAUUUAUCCUCUGGCUGAUCUCCUGGCCAGGCCUCUGCCUGAGGCGGUUGACCCUCUAAAGCUGGAGAUUUAUCUCACUGAUGAGGACUUUGAGUUUGCACUAGACAUGACAAGAGAGGAAUUCAAUGCACUGCCCGCCUGGAAGCAGGUGAACCUGAAGAAAGCCAAAGGUCUGUUCUGA